AUGGCAGAUAGAGUUGUACAGAUGAGCUCUUCAGAUGUGACAACUCGGAACGGAGCGGCACCGGCCGCGGCCUCGGCCACAGCUGUGAAGCGCACGGAGUCUCCACCAGGGAGCAGCGCGGAGGCAGCAGUACCAGCAGCAGCUGCGGAAACGUCGUCUCCUUCCUCUCAAGCAGAGUCCAACGAGGAAGCAUCUAAGCAGGAAGACCAAGUUAUUUCGCAGCUGGAGCGGCUCCCGAGGCUUGGUCGAGGUCACGAGAGCACGGGCGCUUCCGCGGCACGCAAAACCAGUGCGCCGACAACUGCGGCUUCCGAAGACGCAUGCAAGACCAGCAGCGCUCACGGUGCAGGCAACAAUAAUGAAGAUGACAAAGGCAACGAGGACGACGACGUAGAUGAGCCUCUGCCUCUACGCGGACUCAACGAGGUCGAGGGCGCCGAUCAGGUCGAGGUCACGCUCUCCGACGACCGUGCGUUGUACACGUCGGCGGCCACGUUCGAAGAGCUUGGUCUCCCUGUUGAACUCCUUCAGGGGGUCUAUUCCAUGAAGUUUAGCAAACCGAGCAAAGUUCAAGCAGUUUCAUUGCCGAUGAUCCUAGCAGCGCCUCCACGCAACCUCAUCGCACAAGCACACAAUGGCUCGGGUAAGACGGCUUGCUUUGUCCUCGGAAUGCUUUCUCGAGUAGACACGACGAAAGACGUCCCCCAGGCGCUUUGUUUGGUGCCGACGCGUGAACUCGCCCGGCAGAUUCGAGACGUUAUCAUGAACCUGGGCAAGUACACAGGCUGCCGUGUCUACCUGGCUGUCAAGCAGGGAGAGGAAGAGCGCAGCCAGCCCCGCGUCACGAGCAUUCGUGAUCACAUCAUCGUCGGCACUCCGGGCCGGGUCAUGGAUCUCUUGCGGCACCGCGUGUUCUCCGGCAAGACGAUUCGUAUUCUCGUGCUGGACGAAGCAGAUGAAAUGAUUGACACGCAGGGUAUGGGUGACCAAACGCUGCGCAUCAAGAAACUGCUUUCACCGGACGUGCAAACGCUUUUGUUUUCCGCAACCUAUCCGGAUCAUGUGCGCGACUUUGCCCUCAAAGUGGUGCCAAAUGCGAAUCAAAUCACUGUCAAGAGAGAGCAACUCAGUCUGGAUAACGUGAAACAGUUCUAUAUCGAUUGUGGUUCAUCCGAAGGCCGUUUCCAGGUACUCAGCGAUAUUUACGGAUCCCUAAGAAUUGGUCAAUCCAUUAUUUUCGUGGAGCGAAGGCGUGAUGCAUCCGAGUUGGCACGCCGCAUGCGCGCCGACGGCCACUCGGUAGCGCUGCUGCACGGCGGCGACAUGACCCCCGAGGAGCGCGACCGCGUCAUCGACUCCUUCCGUGCCGGCACCGACCGUAUCCUGAUCAGCACUUCCGUGUUGUCGCGUGGCGUCGACGUGCUCGCAACGACGGUGGUGAUGAAUUACGACCUGCCGCGGGAUCGAACAGGGCACGCUGAUCCCGAAACCUACCUGCAUCGCGUAGGGCGGACCGGGCGUUUUGGACGCAAAGGGAUCGCCAUCAACUUUAUCUACGAUCACUGGAGCCGUCAGUUAUUACAGGAGAUUGAGCAAUAUUACGGGGAUCGUUGUCAUAUUCAAGCCGUUGCGAAUGUGGAAGAGCUCGUGUCGAUCCUGGAAGAUGAGGCAAAUUUUUAG